CUAUGAUGUACUUUGCUGUUCUAUUAUCUUUAUUCAGUUAUACACUAGCAAAAUCAAAACUAUUAAUUGUACACGAUGGUUUAGAUAGUUUUAAUAACUUGGUAGAUGUAUUAGAUUACGAUAUCGAUGUUAGCCAUGUCAGAGAUACUCAACUUAUAUCCACGUAUGAAAAUAUACUCUUACUAUCAAACACACUAGCUAAUAUUCCCCCAUUUGAGCUAGUCGACCAUUUAGAAGACGGAGGUAACUUACUAGUAGCCAGUGACAGCGUGGACGACAACCAACUCAGUAUAUUAGCAAAACAAUUCAGUAUCGGGAUAGAUAAAACACCAGUAACCACCUUUGACGGUGAUAAGACACUCUCAAUAAAUACUCCAGAGUGCGGCAGCAAACCAGUCUUACUCUCUAGCAACUCACAUAGCUUUACAUCCAAGAACCCACUCAGCUGGACACUUUUGCAGUCACCACCAGGUACACUUAACCGUAAUAUCAUAUCUGCAUUACAAACAACGAAAAACUCCAGAAUCGUCUGGUCUUCCUCCUUAGAUCUAUUUAGUAAUGACUACAUCAAUGAUGAAGAUGUUUGCAAUCGUCAAUUCGUUAAAAACCUUAUUGACUGGACAUUCAAUAAAUUAAACAAUGUACAGGUCACUGAUAUUACACAUUAUAGAACCGGUGAAAAUGAAACAGCGGAGUAUUACUACAAUGAUGAGGCGAAUUUCGAAGUCGCGUUGUCUGUAGAUGAUAAACCAUUUAUCACGGAUGACUUACAGCUCGAAUUCACAAUGCUUGAUCCAUACAUUAGGGCAACACUUAAGCCUUCUUACACAACUAAAGAUGGUCGUUCAAUGGUUUAUAAAUACACUUUCCGUGUACCAGAUAAGCACGGUAUCUUCAAAUUCGUUAUCGACUACAAGAAGAAAGGAUUUUCAUAUAUACACAAAGAAAUGCGUACAACUGUUGCACCUAUUCAACACGACAGACAUCCACGCUUCCUCUCACAUGCUUGGCCAUAUUACACUGGUGUGUUCAGCACUAUUGCAGGCUUCCUUAUCUUCUCCGUUCUCUGGUUGAAUUUGAACGAUAAGAACGAUAAGAAAUCUAACAAGAAGGAGUAAUUCGCAAUUGUGUUAAAAAUAUAUAUCUAAAAUUAUGCAUUUAGUUCCUCUGUUUCCAUG